UCGUACUGUCCUCUGACCCGAGAAUACGCAAGGGAAGGAAAUUAUUUCUUUCUCCUUCGUCUUCGAGCUUCCAGAACCCUCAGUCGGGGUUUCUCUCGCCUGAGAGGCGAUGGCUUCGUUAAGGGCUCCGCCGAGCUCUUUCCAGCUACGGCUCGGACGCGGGUCUAGAGAAAUCUCCUCCGUCGUCCUCCGGAUUCGAAUGCGUCCGCCCCAUCGCCGCAUCCGCCUGGUCUGCGCCGCCGGAGCGGCGGCCAUAGAUGGAGGAAAGAGCCACUCGUGGGCCGACGGCGACCCCCGGCCAGAUUGUUUCUCUGGGUGGUCCGCCCCCCCGGAGAUUAGCGGCUCCAAGAAGAAGGGAGGGCUUGGAAGGAUUCUGGAAGCUGGACUUGUUGGAAUCUUUUUAGCUGCAGGAGUUACAUUUACGUCAUUACAUUUGAAAAGUGGAACUGGAGUCAAACAGGAGAUGAAAUCUCUAACAACUGAACAGGAGGUGUUACUGUCUUCUGAUGAUCAGGGCACACAAGUUGAUCUAGUGGGAAAUGGGUCUUAUGCUGUAUUAUCAGACAAGGAAGGCAACAUGGAAGACUGUAAAUCUCAGCAUGACAGAGCCUUUACGGUGCCUCCUGGAAAAGUUGUAGUUCCACCAGUAGUUGACCAAGUUCAGGGGCAAGCAUUGAGAGCACUGCAAGUUCUAAAGGUUAUUGAGGAUGAUGUUCAACCUGGUGACUUGUGUACUCGUCGUGAGUAUGCUCGAUGGUUGGUAGCUGCAAGUAGUUCACUUUCAAGGUACGCUUGUUCAAAAGUUUACCCUGCAAUGUAUAUAGAGAACAUGACUGAACUUGCAUUUGAUGAUGUCACUCCUGACGACCCUGAUUUUGCAUUAAUUCAAGGCUUGGCAGAAGCUGGACUUAUCUCGAGCAAGCUCUCAUCUGAGGAUGCUGUCCUUUUUUCACCAGAAAGCUAUUUGCACUGCAGCCCCCUAUCACGCCAAGAUCUUGUGAGUUGGAAGAUGGCUUUGGAGGAAAAACUUCUUCCAGAAGUUGACAUAAAUCACCUGUACCAGUGCUCUGGUUUUAUAGACAUCGAUAAAAUAAACCCAGAUGCUUGGCCUGCUUUGGUAGCUGAUCUGUCUGCUGGAGACCAGAGCAUCACUGCUCUUGCUUUUGGGUUCACUAGACUAUUUCAACCCAAUAAACCAGUCACAAAAGCUCAAGCUGCUAUUGCUAUUGCAAGUGGUGACACUGCUGAGGCUAUCAGCGAUGAACUAGCACGCAUUGAAGCAGAAUCAUUGGCUGAAAGAGUGGUGAAUGCGGAUACUGCUUUAGUAGAUCAAGUUAAGCAAGACCUUAAUGCAAGCUAUGAGAAAGAUUGUGCCAUUGAAAGGGAAAAGAUAAAUGCUCUGGAGAAAUUGGCUGAAGAAGCAAGGGUGGAAUUGGAAAAACUAAGAACUGAAAGAGAGGAAAAAAACGAUGCCCUUAUGUGUGGGCGGGCAGCUGUUGAAGCAGAGAUGGAGGCCCUUUCAAGGCUAAGGCUUGAGGUCGAGGAGCAGUUGCUGAGCUUGCUGAAUGACAAGAUAGAGAUAUCUCUUGAGAAGGACAGAAUAAGCAAACUUAGAAAGGAAGCAGAAAGAGAGAACCAGGUCAUUGCCCGGUUAGAAUAUGAGCUGGAAGUUGAGAGGAAGGCGUUGUCCAUGGCCAGGUGCUGGGCAGAGGAGGAAGCUAAAAGAGCAAGGAAGCAGGCCAGAGAUCUAGAGGAGGCCCGAAAACAGCGGGAGAAGUAUGGCGUCGAAGUCAUUGUUGAUGAAGAUCUUCAGGAUGAUGCUUCCACUGGACUCACAUGGCUUGGAGCUUGGAAACCGCCUCCGAUGGAAGGAAUGAUUACCAGAGCUGAAAAGAUUGUGGAGAAACUUAAGGCAAUGGCCGCCGAAUUGAAAUUAAAGUCUAAUAUUGUGAUAGAAAAAUUUAUUCAAAAGAUAGUGUCUUUAAUUAGGGCUUUGAAGCGGUCAGUUUCAAAUGCUUCCAAGUAUGUCCAAGAGAUCCAUAGUACUAUCAUUUCAAAGGCAAGAAAAUCAGUCAAUGAGCUUUGUUAUAAUGCUUCUGGAUUAAGCCCAAGUGUUGUCCAUAGGGCAAGGAGGACUGUUGAAGAUUGCAGGGAAGGCCUUGAGAUAAUCAGGCAGAAAUUCAAGAGUUGAAAAGCUACUUUUGUUGUGGCCUUCUCUCCAGCAGGAUUACACGUGACAUUGACGUCCACCGCACCAAGUGGAGGAAAAUGACAUUGAAAUCCACUGCAUCAAGGAAAUUAUUUUGCCUUUCCUGAUAAAUGGUUGAUAAAUCUUCUCUUUAAGCAUGUUCAGGUCAAAUUUUUGCAGAGGUACAAUGCUUGAUACAAUUAUACUGGCACUUCUGCUGCAUGCUAGAGUUUUGAAUGAAAUCUCUGAUGUACCUCGAGCAGGAGAGGGCAAAAUGUAGAUCGAUGGCUAUGAAAUAUGUGAGGUAUUAAUAUCAAA